AUGGAGUUGCGCCGGGCGCUCCUCUGCUGCUGGUGCCUGGCGCUCCCCUGCAGCCUUUUGCUGCUGCUGCUCCCCGCGCCGGGCCGGGGUCACCCGCAGCCCUGCCACAUCCUGGCUCGGAUCGGGCACACGGUGCGGCUGGGCGCCUUGCUGCCCCGCGGAGGAGGCGCGCAGAGCCGGGUGCGCAAUGCCCUGGCUCGGGCCAGCCGCGCCGCCGCCGCCGCCCUGCCUUACAACCUCAGCCUGGAGGUGUUGCCCGGGGCUCCCCUCUAUCGGGACCCGGCCUCGCUGGCGCGCUGGCUGUGCCAGGCGCUGGUGGUGCGAGGAGUCGCCGCCGUGCUCGCCUUUCCCGCGUCCCGGCGGGAGCUGCUCCAGGUGGAUUUCGCCGCCGCCUUUCUGGACAUCCCCUUCAUCAGCAUCAGGCAGGCACCGGAGCAGGAGGGCGACGAUGGCGACGAGCCCCCCAUGCCCUUCAGGACCCGGAACCCCUUCCAUCUCCACAUGGACCAAUGCAGUGACUUUGAGACUCUCCUGGACCUGCUGGUCACCAUCUUCCACGCCAACCGUUGGCAAGACGUCACCCUGGUUUUGUGUCAGGCGUGGGAUGCCUCGGACUUCAUUGAUCUCUGGACCAGCCACGCCCACCUGGAGAAGACGGCUGUGAUUGACUUGAGCUUCCUUGACGAGAAAGAAGCCGCUCGCCACCUUCGGCGGCACUUGGAGGAAUACCGCGAAUUGCCCGGCCCGGCUUUGCUUUUCGGCUGCAAUGCUCAACUCUCCCAGCUCGUCUUUCGGAUGGCGAAGGAGUUGGGGGUCACUCAGCAGUUCCACUGGAUUUUGGGGCAACCCCAGAACGUGGAUGAGCUCCAGACUGAAGGGCUGCCCUUAGGUCUUUUGGCCUUUGGGGAGGUGGACAGGCCCUCCAUGGAACACUUCGUCCAGGAUGCCAUAGAGCUGGUCUCCCGUGCCAUUUCCCGGGCUGUCUACGUUCGUCCUGACCUUGCCCUCAUCCAGAGCAUGGUGAAUUGCAACGACAAACACGUCGUGGAUUCUGAAUCCUCUGGACUCUACCUUUCCCAGUUUUUAGCCAACACAUCUUUCCGUGGCCAGACCGGCGAGGUCUUUGUGCACAACACGUCCCACGUCCACACUGACCGUCACUACAAAAUCUGGAGCCUGCUGAGGGAUUCGGUGGGCCAGCCCACGUGGGUGACGGUGGGCAGCUGGAAGGGGGGCGAGAUGGAGGCCGAGGAGGGCAGCUGGCCGCAGCACCUGCAGCGCAGGAACCAGGCCGAGGGCGGGGGCUUCUCACGCAUGAAGCUGCGGGUGGUGACCUUGGUGGAGCACCCCUUUGUCUUCAUCCGGGAGGUAGACGAAGAGGGCAACUGUCCAGCAGGGCAACUCUGCCUAGAUCCUCACACCAACGACUCCUCCGUGCUCAACACCCUCUUUGAGGAGCUGGAUUCGGAGAAUGGCUCGGUGCCCAUGGAGUACCGAAAGUGCUGCUACGGCUACUGCAUCGACCUCUUGGAGAAGCUGGCCGAAGACGUGCCCUUUGACUUUGACCUCUACAUUGUGGGGGAUGGAAAGUACGGGGCUUGGAAGAACGGCCGCUGGACGGGGCUGGUAGGAGAUCUCCUGAGUGGCACGGCCCACAUGGCGGUGACCUCCUUCAGCAUCAAUUCAGCCCGGAGCCAAGUGAUUGAUUUCACCAGCCCUUUCUUCUCCACCAGCUUGGGCAUCCUGGUGAGGAUCCGGGACACGGCAUCGCCCAUCGGGGCCUUCAUGUGGCCAUUACACUGGACCAUGUGGGUGGGCAUCUUCGUGGCUCUUCACAUGACGGCCCUCUUCCUCACCUUGUAUGAGUGGAAGAGCCCCUACGGCAUGACGCCCCAUGGCCGCAACCGCAUGAAGAUCUUCUCCUACUCCUCCGCCCUGAACCUCUGCUAUGCUAUCCUUUUUGGCCGCACCGUCUCCAGCAAGACCCCCAAGUGCUGGACGGGCCGUUUCCUCAUGAACCUCUGGGCCAUCUUCUGCCUCUUAGUCCUUUCCAGCUACACAGCUAACCUGGCCGCAGUGAUGCUCCACCAUCCGUCCCAGGGUUUUCGUUUUGGCACCGUCUGGGAGAGCAGCGCAGAGGAAUAUAUCAAGAAGAGCUUCCCAGACAUGCAUGAAUACAUGAGGCGGCACAGCGUCCCCACCACCCCUGCGGGGAUCACGAUGCUCAAGACCACCCCCCCAAAGCUGAAUGCCUUCAUCAUGGAUAAAUCUUUGCUGGAAUACGAGGUCUCCAUUGAUUCAGACUGCAAACUCUUAACCGUUGGAAAGCCGUUCGCUAUUGAAGGCUACGGCAUCGGCCUUCCUCAGAACUCGCCUCUGACCUCCAACGUCUCCGAGUUCAUCAGCCGCUACAAGUCGGCCGGCUUCAUGGACCUCCUGCACGACAAAUGGUACAAGAUGGUGCCCUGCGGGAAAAGGGUCUUUGCUGUUACUGAGACUCUGCAGAUGGGGAUCUACCACUUCUCCGGCCUCUUUGUCCUCCUUUGCAUCGGACUCUGUGGCUCCCUGCUCACCUCCCUCGGAGAACACGUCUUUUACCGACUCAUCUUGCCUCGCAUUCGGCGCAAGAAGAAAUUCAAUUAUUGGCUCCAUACCAGCCAGAAAAUACACCGGGCUCUAAACAUGGGACUGGAGGAACAGAGGCUCAAGAAGCUGAAUUUGGAGAAAAGAUGCAACCUUCCAAAGCCUCCAGAUGAACCCCAGCCGCCCCCCAGCCAGGAGGCCUGGAACAACCUCCGUGGCACAGCAAUAAAGAAGGAAGACAAACGGGUGCACUUCGACAUUGAUAGCGUCCCAGAGGAAUCCUCCGAAGACGAGCGAGCAGGGCCCGUGUGGCAUUGCAUGAACGGCCAGGACCCCCAGCAGGACAGCAAAGAAGCCAAGGAGAAGGAACUGAAGGAGCUGGAGAGCAAAAUUGAAGAUAUGCGUGAGCAGCUGAGGGUCGCCCUGGUACGGAAGAGUGAGCUCAUGGUGGCCCUUGGACCACCCCCGAAAGCUCCUCGGCUGCCCCCCGCCCUGAAGGCAUUGAUCAGGGAGAGCAAGGAGGACAGGUGA